AAUGAAUUUCAGGAUUAUCUGUUAAAUCAGGCAAGACAUCUUGGGCUGAGUGACGAAUUUGGUCCUUUGGAAUCUGUACAUAUUUACACCCAGAAACAUGCAAAAAUGGAUGCAGAUGGGGAAAAUAAAAAGCUGCGCACACGCUCAAAAGGAACCAAGGUUCAAGUGGACUCUAUAGCUCAAGAGCUCAGCGCCUACAAAUGCUCCAUGGCUAAGAAGAGAAAAGCUGAAGAGCAGCUAUCAGGCGUUCCUGUCAACAAAAGGAAGUCCCUGCUAAUGAAACCCCGUCACUACAGCCCCAGCUUAGAAUGCAAAGAAGAAAAUGAAGACAGGAUGGAUUUACAGGAAGAGUUCAGUGUCCUCGAAAGCAGCUCAACUCCAGAGGAAAGUACUCCAAAAUCAUCUGAGGAAAACCCUCAUUCAGGUGGGCAAGAAAAUUCCAGUCAAAGAAAAGAUAACUACUCCAGCUAUCAAGAUGCCAUGGCCAAAUCUUUGAUGAACAUGGGAAAAUUAUCAAAAGAUGCACCCAGUCAAACAGUGGCAGAAAAUCUAAAUGAUAGCGGCAUUCAAUCCUUAAAAACAGAAAGUGAUGACACUGAUGAAUGUUACAUGAUUAACUCAGCUGAAGGAAAGGAAAAAACUGUUAUUUCUGACCCAAAAUACUGUUCGUCUGAGGAAAAUGAAAGUAACUCUGAAAUUAUGGACAACGAGUGGGACAGCUCCUCAAAUUUCUCAGAAGAAACCAGUGUAAAGCCCCAUGCAACUCAGAAGUAUAUUGUAGAGUGUAAUCAACCUAGCAUCCUGGAAGUCGCAGAAAUUAAGAAGGAAGAGGUAGAAUUUGGCCCUUGUGAAACACUUUGUGACUCAGAAACAGAGCUAAGAGCCCCCCAGGAGUCUCACCCAGAUCCUUUUGAGAAGAGAAUUCAGAAUCCCUUCCCUGAAAGUGAAGAAGACGACAACGAGUGCCUGUCAGAAACCACAGAAGCGUCAGUUGAGCUGGACAAAACAAAAGGGAACUUGAGUUUGCUAGAACAAGCAAUCGCUCUGCAGGCAGAGCAAGGGCACGUGUUCCACAGCACCUACAAGGAACUGGAUAGGUUUCUCCUGGAGCAUCUAGCAGGGGAAAGGAGACAAACCAAAGUUAUUGACAUUGGUGGGAGACAGAUAUUUAGCAACAAACAUUCACCCAGGCCUGAAAAGAGAGAAACCAAAUGUCCCAUCCCAGGAUGUGAUGGCACAGGGCACGUGACUGGGCUGUACCCUCACCACCGCAGUCUCUCAGGCUGUCCACAUAAAGUUAGAGUGCCACUAGAAA